AUGGCUGCUGACAAAACCGUGAGGAAAAAUACCCUUGCAGGUGAAGAUGGAGAAAGUGAUAGCUUCCACGCGUCUGAAAACAGUCUUGAACAGAGGACAACUCUUACUGCUAUUGGCAAGGUGAGUUUUUAAAAUAUUUUCCAGGAUUUGCUGCAUUGCUACGAAACUGAUCAAUUUGAAAUCAGCUGACGUGCAUGAAAUCACUUACAUUUGAGCUGGUACAAGGCAGGCUUUUUUUUCUUUUCAAUCUUCCUUAGAAUGGAAUUUAAAUUACCUAUAACUACUAGGAAGAAAUUCUUGACUUCUUAGUUUGAUACUUCAAUAUACACAGUGUUAAAUCUGGGAGUUAUGACCCUGCAUCAGUUUCGAAAGUGAAAGUUCAUUUAUAUGAGAAAAGCUUUUCAAGAGUUUGCUCUAGCUUACGUACCUGAAAAGCUUCUGGAUUUUCUGCUAUGUAAAAACUUCUGUGAGAAUGUGACGAUCUAGACUGUACUUAGAAAUUAUUACAGUUUCAUCUUUUGCAUUUUGGGUCUUGAUCGAAUUUUCGUUAACUACCUGCUAGCAAAUUCAUCACCCAGGGGUAUCCCCCUAUGUAAUCUAUGAAGCCAGAGGGGAAUCGACCGUGGCUGAUCAGUGGCCCCCUCCUUAUUUUGAAGUCCUAGAAAAAAUAUAAAUUUUUUUUUCAUCUUGUGGCCUGGAUGAGCAUGUCUUAUCCCUGCCUCUCACUAUCUCAAUGAUCUGAAUCGGCCACUGAAAACUGUGCGCUAAGAAAAAUACCAGGGAGCUUAAGAACUCUUAGCCGUUAAAACCCAGCUUGUCUAGCUCAUAGAGUGACAUAAUUAUGAAUGGGGACCAGGAGUACAACCCUGCUGAAAAUUCACAACAGUACCCCUCAUGGGUGUCACCCACAAUUAGCAGUCGCAUGCAUGAACAAUACUUAGGUGGGCUGCAAGGAAGACACAUGAAAGGGGAGAGGUGAAUUUAUCUCUCGCUAAAUUGAGUAAAUGCUGUUAAACAAUAGUGUACUGUAGUAAUGUGAAAACAAAAUGAGACUUUAAAAUACAGUCUUCAAUUAUGUCUGUGUCACUUUCUUGGUAACAGUAAUGCAAUCCAAAGGGAGCACUGUAGAUUCUUUGGAAGUGGUGAAGCCAUGAGGGAAAUUCCCACCUGCCAUGUUUCAUUUGAGUUUUGAAUGCUGCACACAUGCAUGUAUUGUCUCUUUGGUUGAAAGAGACAUAAAGACAUAAUUAUGUUUGGGGACAAGGCAGUACAACCCUUCUAAAAGUUCACUUGAGUUAUCAGGGAGGGAGGUGUAUACAUGCACUAGUCCAAGGAUGUCCAAUUACGUCAACAGCUUCUCAUUGCCUAGCAGUACCAGCUUAUGCAGUGCUUGAGUCAUCCACUUGAUAUUGUAUGGUACCUGACCAUGUGCCAAGGUCCCACCACAGGCAAACCUUCCAAACUGUUUGAGACAUCAUUAUGCCAUGAGUGACAUGUGAUCCCAUACAUUUACUGUAUUUUGUAAUUCCCACUCUCGGCUUGAUUCAAGUGAUCGGUAGAAAUGCUUCAUAAAACACAGAAUUUUGCACGUUUUGAUUCCAAAUAUUGAUAUAAUGUAAGAAAAAUGAAUAACGAUGACUUACCACAUGUUUUGUAAGUGUGGUGUUCUGCGCUUUUUGGUGUUUUAGUUGCUUGAAACUGGCAGUCGGGAUCAUGAUAUCUCAAACAGUUUGGAUCAUGGUCUGCCUGUGCACUACUUGGAGAGCAUAUUUAAAAAACUAAAGGGACAGUGCCUAGAAAGUUAGGCCCAACUGACUCCUUAAACUCCUUAGACUGUUAGAUUUUUCUUUCCAUAUUACCUUGUAUCACUUGGUGAAAUAAAGAGUGAAUAUUAUUUAGCCUAUCUCAAAGAUCACUAUAAUAAUAUUAUUAUUAAAAUAAUAAAUAAAUUGUUUUAUUCCUUACACCUUUUUGGUUUAUAAGGUUGAAGCACUGCUAUUGCCAUUGUUUUAUCUCAAUAUUUUUUCUUUUUUAGUUGAAAACCUUUGCUGGCCUGGAAGCUGUGGAGUGGACCUUUCUUACUAUUUCAAUAAUAAAUGUGCUAGUUGCAAUUGGUAUAACAAUAGACAGGCUCAUAGAGCUGCACAAAAACACACCAGACUACACCUUUGCAAUCAUUCUCUUUAUUAAUAUAGGUAUGUUCUAAGUGUAGAUUACAGGGCAUGACAAAUCUCAGGGGUGGGUGGGGGUUUUUGUGAUAGAGGGGGCCUAGAGAUGUAGUAUACAGUGCCAAUAUGCAUCAGGAUUGUGAAUGGCGUACUUUUCUGGGGAGUUUUGGGUGCAUUCUCCUCCACCAAAAUUUUUGAGAUUGAAGUUCUCUGAGAUGCAAUCUGGUGUAUUCUAGACGCUUAAAUUUCGCAAAUGCCUGGAUUCCAUAUUGAACUUGUAAUGCUGAAAUAUUUGAGAAAAAAAAUUCCCGGACAAAAGGGGGGGCCGGGGCCCUCUGGGCCCACCCCUAAAUCCGCCCUUGAAUCUUAUUUCAUUUGUUUCAAUAGGCGUAUCCUAGGGUAAUGGAUUGAAGAUCGAUGGUGAUCUAAUUUCACAUGUGCAGAUAACACGUUUUGGUGUGAAAGCCCUCCUGGUAUUACAUUGGUCUUUGUAUAAUAAUAAGCAUGACUUUCUGAAUGAUUCUAUUUUCUUUCUCUUUUGGCAGGAUUUUGUUUGUUUUAUGCGGUUCAUGGUGUUCUGAGGGAGAGAGAAUUUGAGUUGUAUGUCUACAUUGUGGGAAUUGUGGUGCUUUUGAUCUACAUUAUCAUAGAUCUCAUAGUCAACGACGUCAAUAGAACUACUUUAAAAUGGGUAAGUCUAUCUGUAAAUUAUUGUAGUACUCAAGACAUGAAAGCUCUUUCUUAUUGUAACCUUGAACUUUUUUUAGUUAUAAGCAGUUUGAUCUAUGUGGGCUGGAAUUAAUUUUUAAUUUUCCAAACUCAGAUACUGUGUGGCAUGAAAUCGGCAAAAAUAACAUUCUCUAACUUGAAUUCGCUACACAAAAAUAAAAUGAAAAUCUCAUCAAUGCUGGAUACUCCAGCAAAUUUCUGGUGUUAGGUGAGGGAUAGAGAGUAAUAUAGGAAUUAGCAUUAAUUUUAUGGUAUGUAGGUCAUUAAGAGUUUUGAUUUGCAUGGUUAUAGGGGUGGUCAGAUAAUGUUAUAGGAAUUUACUUAUCUUGAUUUUCCGUGGUGGUAUCUCUGUUGGAAGUUACCUAUUUCAAUACAGAUUGUUAUAAUUGCAAAUAAAAAAUACUGGAUGCAAGCUGUUAUACCUUCUUUAAAAUGAUGCAGUUUGAGAGACCUCCAUUCCUUUAUACUUUAAUUUUUAUUGACCAUUUAUUCCAGGGGGGAGGGGGGUGGGGCAGUCAAUGGAAGUCUUGGUAAAGCUGUGCUGCCGAGGUUUUCAAACCCUGACCCAGAGCUGUUUAAGACAAAAAUUUUUCAUUUUGCUACUCUGUUUAAGUCAAGAGACUUGAUUUCAUGAUGGUGCAGCCCUGGUUUAUUUUAAUGUUUUGCACACAGAAUUAAGUAUUUGAUGCAAUGUUUUAAACAAACCCCAUUGAAUAAUAUUGAAUAAUAUGGAUUAAAAAUAAUAAUAAUAAUAAUAAUAAUAAAAAAAUUGUUGGUACCACACAUGUAGUCUGUCCCAUCGCCAACCUUUGCAUCCUUUUAAAGGCCUCUGGUCCAAAAAGACUCCCUGUUCAAGUUGUAAAUUUAUAGUGAAAUUGUAUACCCUGUUUAAGAUUCGAGACCCUGAAAAUCAUACCCUGUCUGCGGCACAUACCUGUCUAGGCCAAAUAAGGGUGUGCCCCUGAGCAUUCAUUGGGAUAAGGAUGGGGUUGUGGUGAGUCACAUGUCCAUCCCUUGCCUAUUAGAACUGUAGUAAUACAAGGCAGUGCGGACAUCGAAAAAAUCUUAAAAGGUUAUGUUUGUAAAAUGUUAUCAUGCUGUGUAGAUGUCAUUAACCCUUUAAGUCCCAAUAGUGACUAACGUCAAUUUUCUCCUAACGAUACCCAUACAAUGUCAAGAGAUUAGGUUAUGAGAAUUAAUAAAAUGAUCACCUAAGGGAAAAUGCCUUGAUCUUUUAACAAAUUCUCUCAACUCAUUCGUGAAGGAAAUGUAUGGAGAUCAGUUUGGAGAACUUGUAUGUGGAUAUUGGGGCUUAAAGGGUUAAGUCUGUCCAUUGCUCAGUGAUUGAAGAGCCAUUAGCUUCUCGGUUGGUCAUGGUUCUAAUUGCCCGAGACAUCUUUCCCAAUAUGACAAAAUUUAAUAUUGCUGUUUAAUAAUAUCUUAAUAGGUCAGGUUUGGUGCUAUAAUAGGUCUUGGCCCUCCAAACAUAUACUUUGCCAUCAAAGUUGCCCAAGGGUUUGGAUACUUGGCUUUCAGGACUGUUGGAGCAGCUGAGUCAAUACACAGUAAGUGAGGGGUCCAUCUAACAUUAAGUGACACCUAGCAGCAGCUUUUAAGCAGUGCCAAGAUCUUUAUUCUUGACCCUUAACAGACUCAGGAAAUUUAACUAGAAGUGCAUUUCAGAUUUCCCUUCAACCUGAUUGGCCAAUUGUAACAAUGGCUUUUUUAACAGGCCAGCCAUGGCACAUGCUCAAAUCCUGGUACACAGUUGGUGCUGGCACCCUGAUGGACUUGACCCGAGGUUUAGUUUUGUCUGUGCAGGGUUGUCAAAAAUUGCCGCCUACUUUGUUAGUAUUGGCCGGCUACUCUGCUAGGCAUUUCUUUACAGAUGGCAUUUUUGAAAUAAAAUAUCCCUGGACUGGCUGCUUACUGUGACAACUCAGCCCUCUACUUCAAAACUUUCUGACAACCCUGUCUGUGGCAUAUACUGUAUAGGCUAUCCAUUUGGUAGCUUAUUGAAAGGGGCCUGUGAAAGUGAACUUGAUCUUAGUGAUGGCAGACAAAUAAGGUCAUGUUCCAACUUCCAAUAAAUUUGACAGUAUUGUUUAUAUCAGUGUUCUUACCAGACUGCAGCAUUGCAGCAUUGCCUCAUUUUUUGGGAAAUACCGCACUAUAAUUAGCCCAAGGGGUCCCUGAAGGGUGGAUAGAAAAAAAAAAACUAUUACAAAACAUACAUUAGCAAAGACAGUCACAGACAUGAUUUUCAUGCUUUAUUGUCAAUUCAUAAAAUCAGUAGGACUAAUAACAGAAAAAUGAUAAACAGUAUUAAAGUUAUCAUUCAGACAUUGGACAUCUGUUUUUGAAGAAAGUAUGAGGUAUUUGCUCUAACUCAGAGCUGUAAAACAUUGAGUUAACUGUAUCUGAGAAUUGUGACCUAUUUUCUCCCUCAUGACCCCCUUUUAGCUUCUCUAUGGGUCCUGUGAACCCCUGUGAAGAAAAUCCUGGUAAUAACACCAUUAUAUGUCACUAUAUUUGUUGCAUUCCAAAAAAGUGUAAUGCGAUUUUGCCAUGUCUCGUACAAAAAUUGUACUUCUGCAGUUUUUUAAGCACAAGGGGUGGGGAAGGUUAAUUCCAUAUAAUGAAUAGUGAAUAAAAUCCAUGAUAUUUAACAUAUAUUAAUGCUGUUAAAUCAGCCUCUAAAAUCAAUUGACCUCUGAUAUUGAGUACAAGUAUAUUACAGUGUGACUGCUAUAACCAAGGCCACCUAGAAAAAGUUGACUGAUUGGAUGACAAGAAAAUAGCAAUACAUUCCGAGAAAGUUAGUUGUCAAUCAUAAUUACUAGAAAGUGAAAUCAACAGCAUGGAUCAAAAUCAACUAAUUACAACCCACAGACAUGACCCUUUGAACUCGCUGAAGAAAGCCUAUGUUUCCUGAGAGGUCCGUUAGAGUGUCGACAGAGGCGAAAAUUUAAACGUUAGUCAUAUUUUUGUCUUGAGGUCGCUUAUUAUUGCAAAGUGUGGAAAGUAUAGUAGCAAAGAAAUGCUGGUAGAUGACAAAAUAACAGUUUGUGUCAAACAAAUAUGUCUCCAGGGGGCUUAUGUAAAGUGUCAAAUAGAAAAGCUUUUCUGGUGAACCUUUUGCUUUCUUGAAAAAUUUUGCUAUCAAUAUUUAACCCAUUCGCUCUUGGAGAUUUUGCCGAAAAACGUGUUUUGAAGCUAGUCGAGUGGUUUUCUGGUCACUGUCGUGCUAUAAUGAGCUAGAACUUACCACAAACCAGUUUACAGGUCGUACACUUCGCGGCCUUGUGAUCCAGACGCAAAAUAUCAGCUUGCGAAGUUUGGGCAUGUGCAGAAAGCAAAAUUUCGAGAUAGUUUUUGGGUUUAAAAGUGACACAGCAGUCUUCACUUUUACUUUUCACUUUCUCUCCUCCCCUCUUUUUGCGCUUUUCUUGCCUCAUUUUUUUUUCUCUUACUGGGCAUUUAGUAGGCUUCGUUUUGGUGGGAAGAGUUUUUAGGAAAGCUUUUAGGAUCUUAGGAUUAGGUGAAAGGAAAGGUAGGUGAGCAAUGGAACAAGAUUUUCAUGGAGAUUUUCAGGUCAAUGUCACAUGGUUUUCUGCUUCUUUCUCCGGUGUCCCUGACUGAAUUGUGCUCAUUCUGGUAUGGUUUGAAAGAUCUCUUCACUCUGCACAAGUUAGUGGACAAAGUUGUCCUUGACCGUUAAAACUGAUGACAUCACAAAGGGUAGAAAGGAUGUGGAUCCGCACGGGCAGUUACAGGCGGUUCAGGGGCGAAUGGGUUAAAUUUUGUGUUUUGAGUAACUUAUUGUUUUCCUAUGAGCUGCUGAUUGGCCCACAACCAACUUUUUUGGGAGUAUUGCCUGUAAUCUGAUUGGUCAACUUUUUCUAGGUGGGCCCCGUUACGGUAGUGCCAUUGUAAGUAUUUAUUGUGUAUUGAUGUUGUUAUUUUUCUGUAUUACAGGGAUGUAUAGAUAUGCUGGAAUGUUCUCAUGUCUUAUCAAAUUUGACUUACAACUUGCGGUGAGUGUUCUUUUACGUUGAUUCACUCCUUUACUCUAAUAAAUUUUCCAUUAUUUUGAAAUAUGCAGUGGGUAAAGGCACAAAACUGAGCAACAAGGGAAAAUAUAUUUGAAACAUCUCACAGAGCCAAACAAGGGAUGGGUGGGGGUGGGGUUGGGGGCUGGGAGCUCCCACUUGAAAUAGACAGGGAUACUCGUCAUCUUGCAUAGCGUUGUAACUUGCUGAUUUUGAUCCCACUAAUAGGGAGUUGCGGACAGAAUGCCAAUAAUUUUUAUCCAUACAAGUAUUCUUUAGGGUUGUGUGUUAAGAAAUAUCUAUAAUUUUGUAACUGCUCAGUGCAUGCAGUAGUGUAGUGUGAUGCUGCAUGCUGCUUUCCAAAUAUGGGGCUGCCAUAUUUGGGCUUGUCGAGAGCACGAGAGCGAAUUGGACAAGUAUGUAAAGAGUGAAGUGGUGGGAAUAAAAACAGUGGAAACUUAUCAUUAUCGCAGUACGUUUUAUUAGCUGAACCCACGGAGUGUAACAAUGAAUAUGAAAAAAAUUAGGCCUUCUAAAGUGUUUUUGUAGGUUUACUAUAACCUUAUCCAUGACCAGAUUGGUGACUUUUAGAGGUUUAAUACGAAUUUUCUGAUGAACUUCCCCACCCUUUUCUUAAAAUUCUGAGAGUUUUCCCUUUCCCAGGCUUACAGUACCCCAUAUUAAACCCGCAGGUCAGCUUAGCGGUGUUUGUGAUUAUGAAGGUGAAUGAUUUACAAGUGGGAGAUAAGAUUACGGUUGGGAUUGGCAUUCCAUUUCAGCUCUUUUGGAGUAUACUUGGUUGGUGUGCUGUAAGUAUUAAGGUUUCUUAAUACAGUAGAACCCUGAUAACUUGAACUCCCCUCUAACUAGAACUAAGUCCAAUUUCCUUUGGAUUUCACUGGACUUUUCAGUCACUUUACUGGGUUAACUCAAACUCGGAUAACUGGAAUCCCACACUAACUCGAACUAAACAAUUGAAACUUGCUAAUCAUUAAAUUUGCACUGCACUAUACACUGAAGUGCUGAAAAUCAGUAACUAUCAGUUUUUAAUGUGGCAAAUUGAAUUUUACAAUUGACCCCGAUAACUUGAACCCAAGCUAACUCAAACUGUUUUUCGUUUCCAUUCACAGUUCGAGUUACUGGGGUUCUACUGUAUUAAUUUACAAUGAAUGAGCUGGUGAUUGACACUUUAUUUCAGUAGUGUACAUAUUAUAUUUUUACAAUCAUUGUGUGCAGUAAUAAUAAUAAUAAUAAUAGUUAAUACUUAUAUUGUGCUUUUUCUAUAAAAAUACUCAAAAGCGCAUUACAAUAUUAUUAAUAACUAAAUUAAAAACCAGUAAAAUUACCCGGUAAAAUUACAAUAAUAAAUAAAAAUAAAUAAAUAAAUAAUCUAACUAAAAGCCUUUUUAAAUAAAUAUGUUUUAACAGAAAUUAGUCUCCCUUAAUGACUUGAGAAUAAUAUGACUUGUGGAUAUUGAACAGUGACUCAGUAUGGCCAAGUCAUUAGAGUGCUGGACUUGCAAUCCCAGGGGCCUUGAGUCCAAGUCCCCUUAUGGCCUCCAUGACUGCUAGUUGCAUAUCGGUAGUCCUGGAUGCAAAUUCUCGGCCACGCUUGUGAAAAAGCCUACUGCGGUUUGCCUCCUACCAGUUGGGAUUCUUAACCACGUUAUGUUUCUUUUGAAUUCUUUGAUUCAUUAUCCCUGUAAAGGGGAGAGGAUAAUAAAUUAUUCAAAUCUUUUCAAAUGUUUACAUUUUUUAAAAAAAAUAUAAUUAAUAUCAAUUAUUAUGUUAAAUAUGGUUUGAAUGCACAAAUCAUUCCCCUGGACUGUGAUGGGUUUAGUUUCAGAAAAAAGACAAGUAGAAACGGUCUGUAUAUGUUGGAUAUAGCUAUUACAUGUGAGCUUAUAAUUUGAAACACUUGCUUCCGGAAGAGCAAUGAAAAGUUGUGGAGGUUCAUGUACCCAGUGGUUGCAAAGCCCAACUUGAUUAUAUGCUGGUAAACAGGAAAUGGAGGAACAGUGUCAAAGACUGCCAGGCAUAUGACUCUUUCAGUAUAGUAUACUCAGAUCAUAAAAUUGUCUCAACUAAACUAUGCCUCAGUUUGCGAGCCAAUGGGAAGCCAACUGCCAAACGUACCAAUUUUGACUUAAGGGAGGCUUAUAAUGUGGAAGUUAAGGAUUGUUUUGAGACCGUGUACGAGCUUGAGGAAAAACACACUCUGAACGAUCUGUAUACUCCAGACGUAGUUGUCAUGGCCAACAGACGGAAAUGGGAAAGACUUCUCAAAUCAGUGCAGGUGCGCCCGAAAUAGAUAGAUAGAUAGAUGGAAAUAUGGUCUUAGUACCGGGGAUAAAUAGUGCUCAGUGGCUUUAAUUUAAAUGGUCACACUUUAGAGUUUCAUCCACAGAGUCAAAAAAUAAAAACCGCCUUACAUACUGCAUUUUUCCAAAAUUGGCUAGACAUUUUUGUUAUGAAUCUGCUUUGAAUUAAUUUUCAGAUGAGAAGGGAGAUGAAGAUUCUUGUUUGGAUAUUUGCACCUUUGAGUCUUGUGGAACCUGUUUAUCUUAUCUACAAAAUAGUUACGGUUAGUCUUGACAUCAGAGUUCGUAAAUAUACCUCUGGGCCCAGUUGUUCGAAGGCCGAUUAGCGCUUACCCCGGGGUUAAAUUUAACCCAGGUUUCUUCUUCUUGUGUUCAAAAGCAUUUGCGCGGAUAAUUUUCUCUGUUAUGUUUAGAGCUUCCAAUCAUUAACUUGUGGACAAAAAGAAUUAAAACUGAAAUGCUUUUUAAACUUUCAAAUUUGAAUUCAAAUGUCGCACUAACCCUGGGUUAUCUUAACCCAGCUUUAAACAACUCGGCCCUGGAAAUAUUCCCGAAAAUAUGUGGAAUUUAAUUAUACGUGUAUUUCUUCCUGGACAAGUUGGAAAACUCUCUUUUUCAUCUGCUCGUUGAAAACGACUAGAUUUUCAUUUUUUUUCCCUUUUAAAUUGGUGCGGCAUCUGAUGUGGUGAGUGAAAUACAUCGUCUUUAAUUUUUUUAAUGCCGUAAAUAAACUUUUAUUUUUUAAAGCUUUAAAAAGUGUUCUAUGAGCGUUGAACUGUUUUAGUUCUGGUCAAAGCCACUGGAAAUUAGAAGCAAACCUCUGGUCCUUUGCUUGCAUGAACUCUGGGGACAGUGGUUUCUUAGUAUUAUGUGGUACCACUUCGUGAUAUCUUGUUCUGUUUAACACCUCCGAGGGGUGCAUUGAUGGCCAAAGAUUGUUUUUACGAAGUAAUGGACAGCUCAUAUGUUAAAAGGCAUAAUAGCAAAUGUGGGUCCACAUAAAUUUUUAAGGAAGGAGAGAAAUACAACUGAAAGUUUAAUUUUAUAGCGUGGAACCUAGAUAAAGAUCUCCGAUUGAUACCUAAUAUUCAUUAUUAUAUGCUGAUUAAGUAAUAAUAAUCAUUGUUUCAAUAUUACUGUUCUGUAGAUUGCACAGAAAUGGGAUCAGAAUAUUUCUCAUGGAAAGGAUGUCCUUGUUUAUUCUUUUCUUGGUGCAGGUUUGCAUAUUUACUGAUCAUUUAUUUAAAAAAAGGUGAAUAACAAUGAUAUUAGUAACUCCUUACAGACAGAGAACAUGCAGUCUAUUCGGUUAUGAAUAUGUAAGUGUUUAACCAUGCGAAAAGUAUUGCUCAGUAGCUAGCAUUUGAAUGGUCACCUUGAGCGGUUCAUCCACAGACUCAAAAGUUAGAACUGCCUUGUACAGCAUGAUAAACAGUACUAUUGGAAAGUACUGCUCUGCAGGUUUCAGUUCAGUGAAUGGUCACACUAAAAGAUUUUAUUCUCAGACUCAAAAGUUGGAAGCACCUUGUACAGCGUAGUAAACAGCACCAUUGGAAAGUACUGCACAGUAGCUUUCAUUGAAGUGGUCACAGACUCAAAAGUUAGAACCAUCUUGUAAGGCUCAGGGCUUGACGUAGCGACCCGUGGGGACGCCAAUGCGACUAUAUCUUAUUCUGUGGCGACUAACUUUUCACGCCUGGUCGCCAGGCUGGCCCCCGAGAUAUUUGUGACCUUCUUUGGAAAAGCGUACGCUUUCAUUGAAGUGGUCACAGACUCAAAAGUUUCAGCCAUCUUGUAAGGCUCAGGGCUUGACGUAGCGACCCGGGGGGACGCCAAUGCGACUAUAUCUUAUUCUGUUGCGACUAAAUUUUCACGCCUGGUCGCCAGGCUGGCCCCCGAGAUAUUUGUGACCUUCUUUGGAAAAGCGUACGCUAACGAUAUCCCGUUAAGUAAAGUAAAGUUAAAGUCAAACGUUAAAUGGACCAACCGUUAGCUACUAAGAAUCAACCGUUAGAGCGUUUAGGCAAACCGUUGGAGCGUUAGAAAAGCUGUUAGCUAUCCGUUAGUUUUAUAACGGUAACGGAAUACAUAAAUAUGUAAAAAUGAAUUUUAUAACAAGGGCCAUGUAGGUGCUAUGUAGCCUGUUUUGUAGAAGGUCUUCUCUUGUAUUCAGGAUUGACUUUCUGUAACUUAUUGACGAUUUUUUGGGGGUUCAUUAAAAGACCUUUAGUACAUUGUAUUCUAUUUUUUCUUUAAGAUAAUUUAUGGCGACUAGAAUACUUGUCCUGGUGACCAAAAAUGAAAACGUAGGGGCCGGCUGGCCCCAAGAUUCCUUAUCUGAAAGUCGAGCCCGGAGGCUUAAUGAACAGCACCAUUGGAAAGUACUGUACAGUAGCUUUCAUUUGAAUGGUCACAAACUCAAAAGUUAGAACCACCUUGACUCACGGGAAAGUACUGCUCAGUAGCUUUUAUUAAAACAGCUGUGUAAACUGUAGUGUUACAUGGCAGAAUUACAUAAGUUAACAGAUUAAUGUCGUGAUCUGUAUCACUAAAAGACAGCGUUAUGUUUCAGCUGCCAUGGCGUUCGUAGUACGAGUACUGGUUGGAAUCUCCUUCUGGCUGGUUGUUCGUAACUUUGGGAAAGGAUUGAAAGAAACUGGUUAGUAGCUGCUAGAAAUCUAGUCAACAUAACACAAACAUUAGAGAGAUUUGCAGUCACUGUUACGCCAAACGGCAAACGCGAAGUUGUACCACGUGACCAAGUUUUCCCCUUAAUUGCCGUUUGAUGUUAAUUACUUCUACACAAAAAUGAGGGGUUCCACGCCAGUUUUAUCCACAAGAAAUGUUCUGGACAGUUUAUUUUCUAACUGCUUAUUUUCUAUUUUUAGAAAUUCCCAACUUGAAUCUGACGUUUGCACAACGUGACGUUGGCUACCAAUAUUUGUCGAUCUUUGCUAGAAGAGUAAUCACCAUUAUUUUUCCGAUCGUCUCAACAUUAUUGGCCAAUAUUUGCCGUUGAUCGCACGAUUGUUAGCCAACUUCAUUUGCAAAACUGUUAGACGCGUGGUUAAAACGCCUACGUCAGGAUUUGAUCAGAAUUUUAUCCGCUUUCUUGUUGUUGCUUUUUGUCUUGCUUGUUUGUUUGUAGCAAAUGCAGUUUUGUAUCACAUGCAGGUUGUAUAUUCCACGGAAGUAUGCUUUGCAAUGUUGGUAAAAAUAUUUCUUUCAAAUAUUGGAUUUCAAAAAUGCCCUUCUUCCCUAGUUUACCAUUUCACAAAAAGAAGGUAUAAAGCAUUUAUUAGCUCUAUUUCUUUGUAUGAGAGUGACCGAUUACCUAUAUUCAGAAGUGUUUCGUUGAUACACCUUUUUACCAAUAUGGCAGCCAUAUUAAAUUAACUAGAUUUAAGAAAUAUUAUGGGAUGCCCAGGGGGCAUGAGCACGAUUCGAUAUACUCGCUCAGUACGCGCGCUUUUCGGGCCAAUUUUUCCUAAAGUUUUCCUAGAAAAAGAUUGUAAUGGGAAAAACGAUUGUUGUGCCGUGUUUGGAUGUAACAAUGAUUGCCUUUUCCCCCAGAAAUAUACAGCCAAGUUUUCUUUUUCACCCGAAAAGCGCGUGUUAAUACGGAGCGAGUUCCCCCUGGGUAUCCCAUAAUACUCCCUAAAUCAAAUUAAUUCAAUAUGGCCGCCGUAUCGGUAAGAAGGUCUGUUACUCGAACAAUAGUCAUUAGUGCCUUCAACUCGCUGUGCUGGAGUACCAAAUAUGACUUUCUUUCCAUUAUUUUUCAGUGUUUAACCUUCCCGUGACAGGAGACGAACCUCCGAUUUUUCCAAGGAAAAGAAACACUGCUAAAUGUUGUGGAGUAGUGUGCUGUGGCCCUUUAGGUUGAAAACCAGGAUAAAUAAAUUGAGACGUAAAAAGUAAAUCAAGGUUGCUCUUGUCUAACAAGAUAUGCAACUCACCAACCGCGGUGCCAAGAAAGAAAAGAAGUUGAAAACAAGGCUGACAAGUUACUGCAAACUUUUAUCAUUUCAGCACAAUUUUAUUUUGCUGUUAAAGUAUGUUUUGAAUAUACUUAGGUAGACUUCAAGCAAAGUCUUCCCCAAGUUGUAACUGACGCGAAAUUUUGCUUUUAACUCUCUUCAGUUUUCAGUGUGCAAUGUAAUAUCUAUAGUUGAUUAGCCUUGGACGAAAGUGGUUUAAAAAGCACUUUUGCUUUUUUGUUGAAAAUCGAAAACUGCUAGUUGGGCAUCUUCGAGAUAAUGGUAACAAAGUAAAGAGGAAAAGCUUCAUAGCGUUGUUUUUUUAAAAACUAAUUUAUUAGAAAAGAAAGCAUUUGACAUAAGGUGCAGAGUUUAGAUUCUCUGUUUAAGUGUCCUCCCUGAGCAAGAUAUUAGCUCUUAAUUUUAAAGAAAAGAAUAACAGGAUGGCGUGUUGAAUUUUCUUGUCCUAGAGAGGAGCGAAUAGCUAAAAUGGCGUAGUUUUUUUUGUAUCUGUUUUGCCGAAAACGCAAUUCCAUCGUUAGAAAGUUCGAUACAACACCUUAGCCGUGAAGAUGAAUUAUUUAUUUUCCGGGUACUUAUGUAUACUGUUUUAUAUAAUGUGUUUUCCACUAAUAUAAUUUUUUAAUUUUUUUUUCUCAUUUUGGAAAGCAUAAAGAUACAUGAAAAUAUAACCAAUAGAGAAUUUUGUAGUAUAGAAAAUGAUAUUUAGAAAAAUCUGUAUCAAUGGACAAUAAAAAAGUAUGUCUCGCUCAUCCUAUGGGUGUGCAUAAAUAUGCAGAG